GUCGGAUAAAGAUGAGGGCGAGCGAGAAUUCGAAUGCAAGAGCCUCUGCUGGUUUGAACGUGUCCAAUUUGCAUGCUGUGUUGAGCGAGGAUCCCGAGGUGUCGAUCCUAAACGGUGUUACCUUAUCCCUCGAGCCCGGCGAAGUAGUGGCCCUCCUUGGCCCCAAUGGGUGCGGGAAGAGCAGCCUUGCCAGAACUAUCAUGGGUGAUUCGCAAUAUGAAGUUACUCAUGGUAGAGUAGAGAUGACCGGUGAGGACGUACUUAGCUUGGAUGUCGACGAGCGUGCUUCGAAGUUGGGGCUCUUCAUGUCCUGGCAGGCACCGGUAGAGGUGCCCGGUCUAACGAACUUCACUUUAUUGCACGCCGCGGUGAAUGCAU